AUGGAUUUCCCUGGACACUUUGAGCAGACCUUUCAACAACUAAAUUACCAGCGCCUCCAAGGCCAGCUCUGUGACUGUGUCAUAGUUGUUGGUAGUCGACAUUUUAAAGCUCACCGCUCUGUACUAGCAGCAUGCAGUACUCAUUUCAGAGCUCUGUUUACUGUAGCAGAGGGUGACCAGAGCAUGAACAUGAUCCAGCUGGACAGUGAAGUGGUAACAUCUGAAGCCUUUGCUGCUCUUAUUGACAUGAUGUAUACGUCCACUCUUAUGCUUGGAGAAAGCAAUGUGAUGGAUGUGCUACUGGCAGCAUCUCACCUCCAUUUGAAUUCUGUUGUGAAAGCGUGUAAGCACUAUCUGACUACAAGGACAUUGCCUGUGUCUUCCCCCAACGACAGAGCUCAGGAGCAAAGCGCACGAAUGCAAAGGUCUUUCAUGCUUCAGCAGCUGGGAUUAAGCAUUGUGAGUUCAGCAUUGAAUUCAAAUCAGAGCAGUGAAGAACAGGCCCAGCAGCAACAGACUUCAAUGAGUUCCUCUGUAAGAAAUAGCAUAGUGGAGCAAAGGGCCACAUUUCCUAUAAGACGGCUGCACAAAAGAAAGCAGUCUUCUGAAGAAAGGGCUAGGCAGCGCAUGAGGGCCUCUAUUGAUGAGUGUCUCAUUACUGAUGUUACCAAUGAAAGUGUACAGUCCAUGGGUAAUUCUCGUGAAGAAUAUUUUUCCCCCGAUUCACUUAAAAUUACAGACGCUAUGAAAUCUGACUCUGCCCCAGACAACCAAGAAGAUAGCACACUUAUGUUUGAUCAGUCAUACGGCAACCAAGAAGACACACAAGUGCCAAGCCAGUCUGACAACAGUGGAGAAAACAUUAUCUCAAUGGCAACUCAGACAAGUCAAGUUGAAACGAGUUACAAUCAGGACUCUGCUUGCGAGAAAUCAGUUUAUCCUUCAGAGACUCAUGAUCUUACAGUGGAUGAAAAAGAUCACAUGAGAGUGAUUGUAAAAUCUGAGCCUCUGAGCUCUCCUGAGCCUCAGGAUGAGGUGAGUGAUGUCACAUCACAAGCAGAAGGAAGUGAGCCAGUUGAGGUUGAAGGUACUGUAAGUGCAGAAAAAAUUGAACUGAGCCCAGAAAGCAGUGAUCGCAGUUUCUCUGACCCCCAGUCUAGUACAGACAGGGUUGGAGAUAUUCACAUUUUAGAUGUGACUCCCAACUUAGAGCACAAGUCCUCUUUUAGCAUUUCAAAUUUUUUAAGCAAGAACAGAAACGGCAACCUCAACCUAAGUCAAAACAGUGAUGAUAACAUUCCAAAUACAACUAGUGACUGUAGAAUGGAUGGAGAAGUAUCCUACCUCGUUAGUCCAGAAGUAGGUCCCAGUGGUCACUCUUCCAAUGUUAUGUCUCACUUGGAUAAUCCUUUCAGUGAUGGCCCAGAUUCUCAUUUUGCUCGUCCCAUGCAGGACGUUAUGAGUAUGCCUUGUGUUCAGUCCUCCAGUUACCGUGGAAAUGACCCAUUUGGAAUGGACUACCCAAGGUCUGGAUUAGGGCUUCAUUCUAUGUCCAGAUCUAUCAUGGGAAGUGCAAGGGGUCGUGCUUUCAACUUUCCAAAUUAUCGACGUAUUGCUCCCAAAAUGCCAAUUGUUACGUCUGUACGGAGUACUCAACUCCAGGAUAACGCCUCCAGCUCCCAAAUGAUGAUGAAUGGAGGAGGCUCCUCUUAUGACAGUGGGAAUGCUCAGCAAGGUCCACCACAGUUGACAAGGGCAUCUGCGGAUGUCCUUUCAAAGUGCAAGAAAGCUCUCUCGGAGCAUAAUGUGUUGGUGGUGGAGGGUGCCCGUAAAUAUGCCUGUAAAAUAUGCUGUAAGACUUUCUUGACUUUGACAGACUGUAAAAAGCACAUCCGGGUUCAUACAGGUGAAAAACCUUAUGCCUGUCUGAAAUGUGGAAAACGGUUUAGCCAGUCCAGUCACUUAUAUAAGCAUUCCAAAACUACUUGCCUUAGGUGGCAAAACAGCAAUCUUCCUACGACGCUGCUUUAA